AUGCCAACGCGGGAGGGUCAUCGGAGAAAUCGGAGGCAUCGCCGUUCACAAUCAUCCACUAGUGAUGUCAGCGGUGCUGCUGACACGGUGGGACCCCCCUUAACUUCAAGUGGCCAUCGGGGGGAUGUUAGCAGGAAUAACCGUAAUAGUGCUGGCGCUGCGAUGGGGCAGUGCAUAGAAGAGUCAUCAUAUGAUGAAGGUUGCUCGCCGACUUGCGGCGCAAGGAACCCUGAGACCACUCAGGAGGGGGCCUGUGCAUCGCGUACCGCAGAGGACGAGGCAAAUGCGUGGGCGAAGAUUACUGCACGCAUGAGGGACGCCGGCGAGAACGAAGGCCCAACGAAACUCAGUGCUCUCGAUUCACCGCUGGCAAGGGGGACGGAGAAGGCAAAUAGUGCAGCGGAGGAAGCGGCCCUCUCCCCUUUAAAUCAUCGCAUAUCCUCCCACAAGGCGCGGGGAGGUCGUAAAGGUGGACUCUCCCCUUCUUCACACCACUCGCGUGCCACUGAGUUGGGAUCUGAUAGGGAUACGGGACGAACCUUUCCGUCCUCUAUGGCCUCCGUAGUGCCAGCUCCGCUGCCACCUAUUGAGGGUCCUCUUCAACUUGCGUGGCCGCCAAAUGACCGGAUGAAAGGGAGCACGGUGUCCAGUUUCUGUGAACAACAUAGCGUAGUACGACCACCUGGAGGGUCGGAUAGACGAAAUCAUGGCGAGGUCACCUUUAUGAACAACCAAUUAAAUGCUCAGCAUGGUGCAUUUUCUUCCCAAAAGAUCAAUACCAGUGAUCGUGGUUACUCAGAAACCACAACCAACAGCAGUGAUGGUAGUAGUGAGUCUCACGCUGGGUGCAGUGUCGAUGGCAUCGCGGUCCCACAAUGGUCAAACCCCAACCAGACACCUUCUGAUGGUGCUUUGCGUGCGUCACGAGACGUUAAUAGUCUCUGUUCCGAUUCCCCUGCUGAUAGAGUUCGGAAUCACCCGCCAUGCGCUUCGUGCUGCGUCGAUCGCUCCAACCCCGAUAGCUGGCGAUACAAUAAACCACGGCGUCAUGCUUUUCAGUGGCCACUGCAUUCGCUGCAGAUUAUGGCGAUUUGCACGAUAGUAACUUUCACUGCCCUUUUUGUGAGCUCAGUGGUUCCUGGUUAUGUUCUGUUGUACCGCGAUGAGGGGUGCUCGGAGUGUUUGUGGGAGGUAAUUGUGUCCAGCACGCUCGUUCUCACUUCCAUUGUGUGUACAUCUGGUCUGAUGUUGGUCAUUGCGUUUAGAGAGAAUGGGGAUAUAAAUGACGAGGGUGAGCCCUGCUCGUUUUGUGAACGACGGACGCUGCUCGAUUCCCGACAUUGCAAGGCGUGUAAUAAAUGCAUUGAGGGGUUUGACCACCACUGCAAGUGGCUUAACAUGUGCAUAGGUUCGAAAAAUUAUCGGUUAUUCAUAGCAUUUGUUACAUCAGCUCUGUGUAGCAUGGUGCUAGGGCUGAUAGCCGCUGUUGUGUUUUUAGCGAAGUGGUGGAACCGUCUGCUGCCGUAUUCCGUGUACUUUCGCGCCGGACCUCUUCUGUUCUGUGCGCUUGUCCUCCUAACAUGUGUCCCUUUGAUACACUUGUUAGGCUUCCAUAUCAUGCUGAACCGCGCCAACAUGACAACGUACGAGUACAUCAUGAGCAAGCGGCAAGUGUCGCAACCACGGCAGGGAAAUGUGCUGCCAGCGGCGGCGGCAAAGGAACUAGAGCGACUUUAG